AUGGCCGGGGGCCGCCAUUUUCCUCCAGCGAGGGAGACAGUCGCGAACGUAGUUCCGCGCAUUGUCGACCAAUUUUUUCGUUGAAUCGAGGGAUUUUCGGCAAGAACUGGGGCGUCGGGCGGGCGCGUGUGACCCCAGAGCUCGUAUCCGAGCGAGUAUCGUUCCACGGGAGGCUCGAAGUCACCCGUGGACGCCGCGAGGGCAGUGUGAAUCGUAAUACAGAGUCGAGGCGCCGCGCGUACACCACCUCCUGAUCGAGACAAUCGUUAAGAACGCCGUGUGAGAGAGUGAUUAGUUUGGUGAUCGCAGUGUAGCUGGUGAAAAUACACGAGUACUCAGGAGUACUGUGGUCUGCGGAAUACAGGGAGAGUCGCCUCCGACAGGAGACGGUAUUCAGCAAGUCGUGAUGCGUUGGAGGUUCGGCGGUCCUUGUCCAAAAACCGACCAGAAAUCAGUGUUACAGAAGCAAUUUGUGUGACAAAGCAUAAAAGUGAAAAACUGUAUUUUAAGAAAUAUUCAGAAGCUUCCUUAUCAGUGGACUAUAGGACUUCCUUGGAAGAAAGCAGACAUUCUUAGUGACACUGAAAGUACAAGUGAAAAAUAUAAAAAUUGGGGGGGCUGUUUGACCGAUGGACAAACGGAAGAUGAUGCCCAAACGCCCUCGAAUGGAUAGCCUGAGGGGUCCUAUUGCAAAUGGACCCAUUCAGACACGACCAUUAGUGGCUUUAUUAGAUGGUCGAGACUGUUCUAUCGAAAUGCCUAUUCUUAAAGAUGUUGCAACAGUAGCUUUCUGUGAUGCACAGUCUACAUCAGAAAUUCAUGAAAAGGUAUUAAAUGAGGCAGUAGGUGCAUUAAUGUGGCACACUAUAAUUUUGACAAAGGAAGAUCUUGAAAAAUUCAAAACAUUACGAAUCAUUGUAAGAAUUGGAUCUGGAGUAGAUAAUAUAGAUGUCAAAGCAGCAGGAGAACUUGGCAUCGCUGUGUGCAAUGUGCCUGGAUAUGGUGUUGAAGAAGUAGCUGACACUACACUUUGUCUCAUUCUAAAUUUAUAUCGACGUACGUAUUGGUUGGCAAACAUGGUACGUGAAGGAAAAAAAUUCACAGGUCCUGAACAGGUUAGGGAAGCUGCAACAGGAUGUGCAAGGAUACGGGGCGAUACGCUUGGUAUAGUAGGAUUAGGCAGGAUUGGUUCUGCAGUUGCUCUGCGUGCCAAAGCCUUUGGCUUUACUGUCAUCUUUUAUGACCCCUAUUUACCAGAUGGAAUUGAAAAAUCUCUUGGUCUUAACAGGGUCUACACAUUACAGGAUUUGCUAUUCCAAUCAGAUUGUGUAUCCUUGCAUUGUACCUUGAACGAGCACAAUCAUCACCUAAUUAAUGAAUUCACCAUCAAACAGAUGAGACCUGGCGCCUUUUUAGUCAAUACAGCAAGGGGUGGACUGGUUGAUGAUGAUGCAUUGGCUGCAGCGUUGAAACAAGGCAGAAUUCGUGCAGCAGCACUUGAUGUACACGAAAAUGAGCCGUACAAUGUUUUUCAGGGUCAGUCCUCGCAGUGUCCUUUAAAAGAUGCACCCAAUCUAUUGUGCACACCACACGCAGCGUUCUACAGCGAUGCAAGCUGCACCGAACUUCGUGAGAUGGCAGCCAGUGAAAUACGAAGAGCUAUCGUUGGUCGCAUACCUGACUGCUUGCGAAACUGUGUGAACAAGGAAUACUUCCUUUCCUCCGGCAGCUACUCUGAGGGGAUCAACGGCGGAUACUAUUCCGGGGGACUGCCCGUUCAACAGGCGCAUUCAACGACUCCUCACGAUUCUGCACCCCCACCUCCUGGUGGGCAUUCCGUCGUCGGCGGCGGUGGUGGUGGGGGUGGUGGCGGACCGAACUCCUCUGCAGGCGGUGCAGGCGCCGGGGGUCCUACAGGCCCCACGGGUCCAACGGUAGGCGGCGGUGGGGCUGGAGGCCCUACUUCAGCUCCUCCUACUGCUGGAUUAACCGGUAUACCACACAGCAUAGUGAGCGAGCCUGACCCCCGGCCAAGCCCACCUGCACCAAGCCCUCGUUGACCUUGAACCCCCGACGUCCACUCCAGCACCACCCUCCGAUCUAAUUUCCCUUAGCCAUUCACACACGACCUCCGACGACAAAUGGCCGAUUGACUAACGUGUGUCGUGCACGAUGUGCCCCAAAAAUCUGUCCGCUGCUUCCGACGUACUCGAGGGAAUCCAUCCUUGAGAAAGAGUGAAAUGAGAGAACGGGGGGUAGGCGGGAAGAAAGAGCGAGUGAGAGGUAGAGAGAGCGAGAAAGGGAGAACAAGAUAGAGAGGAAGAAAACGCAAGGGAAAGAGUGAGUGCAUAGGAGAGAAAGAGCAAGGUUUGCCUUGCUUCAAUUGUUGCUGUGCGUGCGUUUAAAACGUGUGUUCUUCGGAGUAUACACGUGUUUUACGUACGUAUCAGUAUAAAGUAUGCAUGUAAUGUGUAAAUGGCGUGUGUAUGUAUGGUGAGCUUGAGUCUACGUUUGGUAGACUCCAGGAAUAGUGCAUUUGAUGUAACAUUGUGACCAAACCAAAUACAGUUGGGCAGUAAUAAUGACGGUUUAUAAAAUGAUGUGGCUAAAGGAGGAAAUAACAAACGGUGGGUAAGAAUUCUUUGUGUCGUAAUUUUGUAUAAUUCACUUCAUACUUAACCGCACGUGACUUUAAACAACACAACCGAAGCUAGAAGGAAAAUGAAGUUUCAUUGAUUUUUUUUUUAUUUUUUUUUAUUUCUUUUUAUUUAAAAGAUGAAAAUUGGUAAUUAGUUCCUCGAGCCCAUGAUCAGUUCUUCCGUUUAUAAUGAUACCUGCAGCAUCAAGAAAUACAUUGGCUAGUCAUAGAGUACAAAUCAAACAUGGGUGAAUACUGCAAUAUCUGGCAUAUAGUUAAAAAGCAUAUUAAUGAGUUUAACCUAAAUAUCUUGUAUAAGUUUUAUCAAUGAUAUUUCUCUUCCAGUUAAAGUUUAAUGAGACGUAAGGACUAGACUAUUUGAGAAUUUUUUAUUUUGUACUUGCAUUAGUUCCAUUUUGUAAUUUUUAUGAUUCGUAAUAAUUUAAUAUUUUACGAAAACAUCUAAUAUCAUGAAACCUCCCUGUUCGAUAUAAAUGUAUAUAUAUAUAUAUAUACACACACAUAUAUAUAUAUAUAUAUAUAUACAUACAUAUGUAUAUACACACAAACACGCCACAUAUAUAUAUGUAUUAUGUACAUAUAUAUAUAAAAUAUAUUUUAUUAUAUAUUCAUCAUAUUCUUUCUUUUCAAAUAUGAAAUUGCUUUUUUUUUUUAGCAGAGUCAUGCAUUAUUUUGCCACACUGUAUUUGGGUUCGCGCAUGCUCUUUAGUUUUUGUUUCUGAAAAAGAACUAUACUCCCAAGAGCAUAUAUACAAAUAUAUAAUUUGGCAACUUGAGUAAUUUUUACAAACUUUAUUUCUUUCGUGGACGUUGUAAGUCUCAGUGUUAGUAUAUUAUAUUAAAAUGGAGAAUGUAGUUGCUCACAAAUACAUUUUUAUGUUUUACUGAAAGAUCAUGAAAAUGCUGCGUAAAUGAAUCCGUGAUAAAAGAAGAAAAAGAAAUAUUACGAAGUCAGUAGUAUAUCUUAUCUGUGGUAAAAAGUGGAUAAAGAUAACGAAGAAAAACUGUAAAGAACUAUGUUGUAAUCGUUGGGGCAUUCUCAAGCGUGUGGUAUAUCACUAUGUGUUGAUAGUACUGAAUAGAAUUUGGUAAAACCGAAUGCCUGAUUUGUUCGUAUUUUUAAAUGUCGAUUAUCGAUACAAGUAGACGUAUUUCAAUUGCCUUACGAUAUUCAUGUACACUCGAAGUAAGGCUUGUUUAUUUUCACACAUCGAUUAGUGAAACAAAUGAAAAAUGUACCGAAAAACUUCGAAAAAGAAUAACGGUAUUCGUGAGAAAGGAAGAAGAAUGGUUCUUGAUAAGUGAAAUUUUAACAAUUUCGAUUGUGCUUCGAGCCUGUAAUUUUACAAGUUUUCUUUUUAUAUCGCAUACUGAAAUUUGAAGUGUAUAUAUAGAUACGAGAUUGUUUAAAUUGCGAAAAUGUAAAACAUAGGAUUAAAUUUUUUUUUUAAUUAUAAAUUAAAAAUGAUAAUACGCGGAAGAUAUAUUUUUGGAUAGAAUAUGAUAUAAUUUUUAUAAAUAAUUUGUUUAUUAAAAAACCUCAUUUCCUUCCUUUCACGAAUGCUGUGUGUUCUUAAAAUACUUAUUGGCGAGCGUAGGAUUCACGCCGGUGUAUAGCGAAACGAGUUGCUUUAAUAAACUGAAAAAAACGUGUCAUUUUUGAUUUUUGUGGCA